AUGCCGUCAAUGGAAGUGGACAUGAACGUCAAGCGAACGGGCGACGACGUGGCCGCCAUGGAGACCAAGAAAAUCAAAUCGGUCACGAAAGAGCCCAAUCCCACCGACUUUGAAGAGGAGCUGAUUCUGCUGACCCAGGCCUCAGACGCCGAAAAGGGAGCUGUCGUGUCGGACGACCAGGUGUGGCCCCGGCCUGAAUGGAAGGAAUUCGAUCCUCAGACAACCGACAUUUCCUUCCAGCAGAUCGACGCGGAAGAGGCGUCGGUGAACGGACACGCCGUGGUGCGUCUGUUUGGAGUCACAAAGGAGGGACAUACAAUUCUGUGCAACAUCCGCGGCUUUUGCCACUACUUUUACGCUCCUGUCCCCGUUGGGUUCAAGGCCGAAAACCUCAGCACUCUCAAAUCUGCCAUUGCAAACACCGUUCCCGACGCCCUGGAACGCCUGGAGGUCUGUGAAAGAGAAUCUUUCUGGGGAUACAACGGAGGAGCCAAGGCCAAGUUCUUUAAGAUCUUCGCCACCAACCCAAAACUAAUCCCUAAGCUACGAUCUGCUUUUGAGAACGGAAACCUCAACUUCCCCUCGUCACACGCCCAAGUCGGAAUGCUGUUUGCCAACGGAUGCACCUCCUUCGACAACAUUCCCUACGUGUUGAGAUGUAUGAUCGACUGUCACAUUAGUGGUAUGAGUUGGGUCACGCUGCCCAAGGGCAAAUACACCAUUGAAACCCAGUCGCUCGUGUCUCGAUGUCAGCGAGAAAUCAACAUCUCCUACAAAGAUCUCAUCGCGCAUCCUGCCGACGGCGAAUGGAGUGACAUUGCCCCCCUGCGAGUGCUCUCGUUUGAUAUCGAGUGUGCCGGCAGAAAGGGUGUAUUCCCAGACCCCAAAAUCGACCCCAUUAUCCAGAUUGCAAACGUCGUGUCUCGACAGGGAGACACUCGUCCGUUUGUACGAAACGUUUUCACUCUCAACACGUGUUCCCCAAUUGCAGGAGCCCAGGUGCUGGAGCACGAGAGCGAAGGAGAUAUGCUGAUGCGAUGGAAGCAGUUUGUCAACGAGGUGGAUCCAGACGUGAUUAUCGGUUACAACACAACCAACUUCGAUUUUCCCUAUCUCAUCGACCGCGCAAAGACUUUGAAACUCACAGACUUCCCCUACUUUGGCCGGUUGACGCAUAUUCAAAAUGUCCUUCGAGACUCCACCUUCUCUUCCAAGGCGUACGGAACACGAGAGUCCAAGGUGCUCAACAUUGAUGGACGAACGCAGCUGGAUCUUCUGCAGUUUAUUCAGCGAGAGUACAAGCUGCGAACGUACACUCUGAACGCUGUGUCUGCUCACUUUCUAAAGGAGCAGAAGGAAGAUGUGCACCACUCUAUCAUUACAGAUUUGCAAAAUGGAAACGCAGACACCCGUCGACGUCUGGCGGUCUACUGUUUGAAGGAUGCCUAUCUGCCUCAGCGACUCAUGGACAAGCUCAUGUGUCUUAUUAACUACACGGAGAUGGCUCGUGUCACUGGAGUCCCGUUCUCCUUCCUUCUUUCUCGAGGUCAGCAGAUCAAGGUUAUUUCGCAGCUGUUCCGAAAGGCCCUGGAAGUCGGAAUGGUCAUUCCCAACUUGAAACAGGACGGCUCUUCCGAAGAACAGUAUGAGGGAGCCACGGUUAUUGAGCCUGAGCGAGGAUACUACGAUAUCCCCAUUGCCACUCUCGACUUCUCGUCUCUAUACCCUUCCAUUAUGAUGGCCCAUAACCUCUGUUACACCACUCUACUGGAUAAGGCUACCGUUGAGCGUCUGGACCUCAAGCUUGACGAAGACUACCACCGAACCCCCAACGGAGACCUGUUUGUCAACCAGAAGACCCGAAAGGGUAUUCUUCCCAUUGUUCUAGAAGAGCUUCUGAGUGCCCGUAAGAAGGCCAAGGCCGACUUGAAGAAGGAGACCGACCCCUUCAAGAAGGCCGUGCUGGACGGUCGUCAGCUGGCUCUGAAGAUCUCAGCCAAUUCUGUCUACGGAUUUACCGGUGCCACGGUUGGUAAGCUUCCCUGUCUUGCCAUCUCUUCUUCCGUCACUGCGUACGGUCGAGAUAUGAUCCAGUUCACCAAGGAGCAGGUGGAGAACAAGUACACCAAGGCCAACGGUUACCCCGAGAACGCCAAGGUCAUUUAUGGUGAUACUGAUUCUGUUAUGGUCAAGUUUGGAGUGCCAGAUCUCAAGACUGCUAUGGAUAUGGGUCUGGAAGCCGCCGAAUACGUGUCCGAGAUGUUCCUCAAGCCCAUCAAGCUGGAAUUCGAAAAGGUCUAUUUCCCCUAUCUUUUGAUUAACAAGAAGCGAUAUGCUGGUCUGUACUGGACCAACCCCGAGAAGUUUGACAAGAUGGACACCAAAGGUAUCGAGACAGUUCGUCGAGACAACUGUCGUCUGGUGCAGAACGUGAUUGAGACUGUUUUGCGAAAGAUUCUCAUGGAUCGAGACGUGGAGGGUGCCCAGGCUUACGUCAAGACCAUGGUUGCCAAUCUGUUGCAGAACAAGGUGGAUUUGUCGCAGUUGGUCAUCACUAAACAGCUCUCUCGGCAGGACUACGCUGCUAAGCAGGCCCAUGUGGAGCUGGCUGAGCGUAUGCGAAAGCGAGACGCAGGCUCUGCCCCUGCGCUGGGUGACCGAGUUGCCUACGUUAUCAUCAAGGGUGCUGUCGGAGGCAAGAACUACGAGAAGUCUGAAGACCCAUCGUACGUGCUGGAAAACAACAUCCCCAUCGACACAAAGUAUUACCUUGAGAACCAGCUGCAGAAGCCUCUCCAGCGUAUUUUCGACCCCAUUCUCGGCGAGCGUAAGUCUGCUCAGCUCAUGACUGGCGCACAUACACGUACCAUCACUGUUGCUGCUCCUUCAACCGGUGGACUGAUGAAGUUUGCCGUCAAGACGGAAAUGUGCAAGGGCUGUCGAACGCCUCUUCGAGGCAAAUGGGCCAAGGGUGCUGUCUGUGAGAACUGUGUUGACAAGGCCGGAGCUUUGUACCAGCAGGCAUUGGGUCAAUUGAGUGAGUUGGAGGUCAAGUUUGGAAAGCUGUGGACCGAGUGUCAACGAUGUCAGGGUUCGCUUCACCAGGACAUUCUCUGUACUUCCAGAGACUGUCCCAUUUUCUUCAUGCGACGACGAGUGCAGAAGGAUAUCCAGAGCAGUGUGGCCGAACUGAGCAAGUUUGACGUUCAGGAUUGGUAG